AUGCCCGAGCCGGCCACCACCUCCCUCGACGCCGCCCUCGACGCCGCCCUCCGCUCUCGGCGGUCGGACCACGGCGGCGUCCCUGUCGGCGCGCUGCUCGUCCCAAAGCGGAAGCUCACGAGCUGUCGGGCGGCGCUCGAGGCGGCCGUCGGCGACCUGCGGCACGGCACGCGGUCCGACGUGCGGCACGCGCUCGUGGUUGACCGCGUCACGCCGGACAUGUUCUUGCUCCAUGUUCCUGCCACCGUCGCGGGCGUCCUCGACGAUCCGGCCGCCGCGCCGGCAGAGCUGGCCGCCGCCGUCGCCUCGGCGGUCGGUGCGAGCGGCGCAGUCUUCUACUCCGGCGUGCGGCGGUGCGACGCGCUGUUUGGGCGCGCGCUGCCGCCGCUUGCACCGCGGCCGGGCCCACCCGAGGCCUUCACCUUUGCAGAGGUCUUUGCCGGCAUCGGAGGCGGAGAGCCCCGUGCGGGCGACAUCGCCAGCGUGCACGCCGCCGACCUGCCCGCCUUCGACCUGCUCACCGCCGAUGUAGACUUGCCCGCCUUCGGCUUGCUCACCCGCCGGCUGCCCGCGCCAGCCCAUUCUCUUACCGUGAGGACGAUGGCCGGUCUGCUCGACCUGCGCGGCCAGCUCUACCGCGAGCUGGUCCGGCGAGGCCAGCUCUACCGCGAGCUGGUCCGGCUGCUGUUCGCGCGGCAACCGGCCGCCUUCCUCUUCGAGAACGUGGCCAGCCUCACGGAAGGGCGCACUCCUUAUUGA